AUGAACCGUUUGCCUCUAUUUUGGAUGAAAGUUAGCUGGGAUUGGGAUUUGGGAGUGGCAAAUACCGAAGGGGGGAGAGCUGGACCGGGGGCGGCAGGGAGGGGCGUCGGCGGCCAGGCUUGCGGCGGCGGGGAGGGGCAUGGCCUCUUGGUCACGGCAUCGGCGGCACGGAGGGGGCGCACACGACCGCGGCGGGGAGGGGAGCUAGAUCGGGGGGCGGUAGGGAGGGGCGUCGACGGCCAGGCUUGCGGCGGCGGCACGCUGCCCAGGGCCGCCAGCCACGCGCUCGCUUUGCUCGUCUCGGGCGACGCCGUCGUCGUCGUUGCGGAUGAGGGUGCGCGAGUGGUCGCGCUGGUGAGGAUGCUCGUGGGCAAGGGCAAGGCCGCCAUGGUCGCCGACGUCAUGGCCGAGUUCGCCGCCAUCUGCGAUCGCCUCCUCCCAGCUCGUGCCCAUGCCGCCACCACCUCCUCAUUUCGGAUAAGAAACAUUUCGGAGAACCGAUGCUGAUUUCCUACGAUCAAUAUCUCCUGAUCGUUCUAGCGAUGAUGGUUCAACAGCUGUCGCUGCGAUUUUGAUUGGCAACGAACUAUAUGUAGCUAAUGUUGGUGAUUCGCGUGCUGUUGCUCUAAAAUCUGGCAAAGGUAAUAUUUCAUUGGUUGUGUUUCUUUGUUAGAAAAGGAACUUCACUUCAGAUUUGAUAUGUUUCUGUAAUUGUAAAUGCAUGCUAUUCAGUAUGUCCUGAAAAAUAUGGUGCCCCUUCUGUGGAGAGAGAGAACUGGCAAUUCUGGGUUAUAAUAAUAAUUAUCAAACGAAUGUUUUUCUUGUGUUAUGAAUCAUGAAAUAGCUGGUAUCAUCAACCCGAA